AUCAGUCAAUACCCAGCAUGCCAGGCCAAGCCGGCCAGCCUUAAGGAAAAAUCACAGUACAACCCAAUAGAGGUAUCUGAGCCGUUUGAGCUGGUGGGAAUGGAUCUUCUCAAGCUCACUGUCACUGAGAGUGGAAACCAGUACAUAUGUGUAAUGGUUUACUACUUCACGAAGUGGGCAGAGGCCUAUCCUCUUAAAAGCAAAUCAGCAGAAGAGGUAACCCAUUGUAUUCUUGAUUUUGUAUACAAAUUUGGGGCUUCUCAAAGACUGCUUACAGAUCAGGGGACAGAAUUAAAAAUAAGGUGAGGUUAAAAUCAAGUAUUUGCUGUACCCUAGAAUUGUUUAUCCAUGCUGACUUGUUUUGUCUUUGACACUGUGGAAGGUUAACACACGCCUCUGUGAAAAACUGGGUGUUAAGAGCAGCUUUUGCUCUCCUUACCACCCGCAAACAAAUGGACUAGUUGAAAAACUUAACAGCACCAUUCAGCAGUAUACAUAUCACAAUGUUAAGUUAAAACACAGUUAAUUAUGAAUAUAUGAAGUUAAUUGUCUACCCACAUGUAAUUGAAUAUUUUAGAUCUCUUGGCAAGCUUUCCAGGGACGAUCCUAAUAGGUGGGACCAGAACUUGGCAGCAACCAUGUUCGGGCUACGAACAAAAAAUCACCUCACAACACAGUUUAGUCCUUAUUGUUUAAUGUUUGGUAGGGAGGCCAGAUACCCCUCUGAGGUACCAAGUGAAUGGGAGGUAAGAGGGUCAAAGUAAUGUUUGCAAUGUUUGGAUAUGGCAAUCAUUGAAAUGUAAUGCCUUUUUUUAUACUAAUGCACUUAUGUUUUUGCCCUUGUAGAUAACGGAUGAUAAAGUGGAGGCACUAGUGAGGGAGGAAGUUGUCUGUGAGGGCCUUAAAAAACAGCAUGGUGUGUAUCAGCAGGUGCAGACAAAUGUGAGAAAAUCCCACCAAAAGGUGAAGAAAAGGAAAGAGGAGAGGGGGCAGGAUGAUGGAUUCACAACAGGAGAUACUGUCCUGCUUAAAAAUAUAAGGGAACAGCGACAGAAAGGGGGCAAAAUGGAGAGUGACAUGCUGGGACCUUUCAUAAUAAUGGAGCUAAAGGACAAAAGGGCCAUACUACAAUCUAGAACAGGCAAUACUAAGACGACGGCAAACAUCGAUCAUCUCACACAUUUCAUUGAGCCAGAGGAGAGGGUUCCAACUAAGCUCAGAAGAAUUGAGGGGCCCUCUCCUCUGACCUCACACCACAGCACAACAGGUCACAACACCCCUGAUGCUGCCAGCACCCCCCCCAUUCCACUCCACCAGCCUCCUCUGCCACACAGUCCUGUACAAGUACCCCUCCAUUAACACACUGUCCCAUCUCUCCGGCCACUACCAGCUGCCACAGUGAACAGAAAUCAAGCAUCACACACUGUGACCAAAGCAAUGGUAUGUAUAUGUAAAACCUAUAUGACAUUUAACAUAAUGUAUUGUAUUCCACUAUCAUUCCGCUCUCUGUACCCUUCUUAAAAUACUCACUUAUUUUCCUUUCCAGUGUCUGACUUCUAGGGAAAGGGAGAGAUACUGUGGGCAAAGGUUGGACCCUAUAAGUUAUUCACAUCGGAUAUCCAGAGCCUUGCCCCUGGAAAGGAAAUUGGAGAGUGAGGUAUGUAUCUAGCACUAAGCAGGGUAUUAAAAGUUUGUUGGAACAGAUUAGCCUAUUAAUGACGAAGUGAACUCUUUGCAGGUGUUGAAUGCAUAUUUACAAGUAGUGUCAAGACAAGUGACAUCUAAAGUCUUUGUCAUAGACACUUCUGAAAUGACAGCCAUGUGGAAUGGCACAUCCCGGGGGUUAAGAAAGGUGAGCAUCAUUAUUCUAAUUCUAACAAUGUCUUAUUCAGAAUGUUAAGUUCAUUUAAACAACUGGACUUUUUGUAGCUGGAUGCUGCAAAAUAUGAUGUACUUAUUGGAGCAGUUUGCAAGGACAGACACUGGAAGCUGGUGGUAAGUGGACUUUUGUCCAAGUUUGUAUGCCCAUCUUUAGCACACCUAGACUCUUCAUGUUUCAUGCAUAUUUAGGAGUCCAUCUGUGUAUUUUUAACAGGCUAUGUACCCCAAGGAGCAUUUGUUGACCCUUUUGGUGCCACCAGUGCCCAGGUGAAGAAAUGCAAUGAAAUGACAAGGUCCGGGUCCGUAUAGGACAGCUUCUGGGUCCGGACCUGGACUGCGCUUAGUGACCUCUGAUGUAGAGCCUUCAUCAGAAGGAGGAACAUAAACAUCUCCAAGUGGUCGUGUGAUACAAUUUCUCAUCCCCACCAACAUGACACUACAUCAUGUGGGGUGCUGGUGUGUGUUUUCCAGUUUGUCAGUUAAUCCAUCUCUUUCAAUGAGACAAUUUACUUCAAUCUGUAUUCAAGGUGGCAGUGCAUAUAUUAAGGGGACAGAGGGCAGACUUUCCGGUUGACAUGGAGGCAGUCAACCAAAUGAGAAUGGAAAUGGCCCAAAUGCUGAUUUCCGAGUCAGAUGCAAUGGAGGAUGUUUGCCAUUUCUGUAGGGAGAAAAGCCCAGGAAUGACUGCACAGACCCAUGUUGACUGGAUUGAAUGCACAUCAUGUACUAGAUGGUUCCACUGGGUCUGUGUGGGGCAGAUUAGAUUAAAUUGUUAUAUCAUUCAUUAUUCCAUGGACUAGGCUGUUCAUCUGAUGAAUUCAGCUUAUUGAUGGUUCAUGCAUCUAUGAAAAAUGUUCAACUUCAGAGGCACAACAAACUGGGCUUGUGUGGCUGCUAUCACUGCAAUAACAGUGGUCACAAGGUAAUCUAGCAGAGGUAUUUCAAAACACAAAGAUAACAUACAGUUGUUUUUGCUUCCAAAUAGGCUGUGUGUUUGGGUAUAUUGGUAGUUCUCAAAGCCACAUUGCUCAGUGGUGUAGCACAAUGUACUCUAAGUAUUCCUUUAUAUUUAACAUCCAGUGUCAAAACCCGGGUGGGGAGUUUUUAUUUUGAAGAAAAUACAUCAAAAUAUGGUUAAGAAUAUUUCUGAUCCCAAAGUUUCAUUGAACUCUAUAAACCAUAAGCUGAAUUAACCAGAUGGAUAGUCUAGUCUGUGAAAUUAUGAGUGAUAUACAAUCAUAAUCAGACAUUUACAAGGUCAGCAAAGUUUCCUCUCUGUGAUUUGAACAUCUUGCUGUCGCCAUGGGAAACUCCCGACGAUUACAAAUAAAGGGGUUACAUCAGCAGCAAAGAUCAGUUUGCAGUAUUUUGGAAUCAUAACAGAAACACACAACGGACGAAGUUCUUGAUCUUGACAUGAACAGAGAAAGAAGAAGAGAGAAUCAGAGAGGGGAUGGAGACAGAGGACGAUGGGCCAGUAAAACAGAAUAUAUUCUGGUUGUCGCAGGAAAUGUGGUUGGCCUGGGCAAUGUUUGGAGAUUUCCUUAUCUCUGCUACAAGAACGGAGGAGGUGCCUUUCUGGUGCCAUAUGGUCUGUUAGCUGUGGUGGUUGGGAUACCUCUGUUCCUUCUGGAGAGUACAGUUGGUCAGUACACCCAGGAAGGAUUCGUCACCUGUUGGAGGAAAUUUUGUCCACUUGCACAAGGAAUUGGAUAUGGACAUUUGGUGUUGAAACUUUAUGACUUCAGCUACAUUAUUAUCCAAGUCUGGGCUCUCUUCUGCCUGGUGUUCUCAUUCAGAUCCCAGCUCCCCUGGGUCACCUGUGACAACACCUGGAAUACAGUGAACUGUAUGGGUCUUCAGACUUUGGAUUCUAUGUGGCCAAAUGUGACGAUAAAUCAGACCAUGUUGACCAACACCACCUCUGCUGCUACUGAGUUUUGGGAACGGAGAGUGCUGGCCAUGUCUGGAGGCAUUGAGGAGCUGGGCAGUGUGAGAUGGGAGCUGGUUCUGUGUCUUCUGGCCAGCUGGGUGUUCACGUACUUCAGUAUCUGGAAAAGUGUCAGAUCCUCUGCAAAGGUAGCAUACUUCACUGCCACCUUCCCCUAUGUGAUGCUCCUGAUAUUGCUCAUCAGGGGAUUGACUCUACCUGGAGCUUGGGAAGGGAUCUACUACUACCUGUAUCCAGAUUUGAACGGCCUGGCAAACCUUGAGGUCUGGAUAGAGGCAGGAUCUCAAAUAUGCUUCUCCUACAGCCUGACCGCAGGAACUCUCAUUGUUUUGGGCAGCUAUAAUGACUACAAGAACAACUGCUACAAGGACUGUUUCUGGCUCUGUCUGCUGAACAGUGGGACCAGCUUUGUUGCUGGAUUUGUUGUCUUCUCUGUACUUGGAUUCUUGGCUCAGAAACAGGGUGUUACUGUCGACGCUGUGGCUGAGUCUGGUCCAGGUUUGGCCUUCAUUGUUUACCCACAGGCAACAGCUACGAUGCCUUUACCGCAGUUCUGGACUGUCUGCUUUUUCCUGAUGAUGAUUUUCCUCUGUGUUGACACACAUUUUGUGACAGUUGAGUGUUUUGUCACCUCAGUGAGUGACUUGUUUCCGAAGCUGUUUCGUAAACCAGGAAGACAUGAGAUCUUUGUCCUCGUCAUUUGUUCAUCCUUCUUCCUCAUACAUCUGACUUUGGUCACUGAGGGAGGGAUUUACCUAUUCCAGCUUAUUGAUUAUUAUAGUUGUACCAGAGCUUCUCAGUAUUUCAUGGCUUUAUCUGAGUGUCUGGCUCUGGCUUGGGGUUUUGGUGCUGACCGUGUUAUUAACAUCAUUGAGGACAUGACUGGACAGAGACCAUCUGUUUUCUUCAAAGUGUGCUGGAGAUACAUCAUUCCUCUGCUGUCACUGAUUUCCUUCAUGCUGUACCUGGUUGAUUACACACACCUCAGGAUUAACGACAGCUACGUUUACCCCAACUGGGCCUACGCUCUUGGCUGGACCAUGACACUCUCCUCUGUUCUCAUGGUGCCACUGUGGGCAGCUGGACAGAUGUGUUUGACAGCAGGCACCUUCAGACAGCGUUUGUCUGUCCUUUGUCAUCCUGUUGAAGAUCCAGUCUCACAGAGAAGAAAUUUGGAAGAGGAUGGGAUACAUAUGGAGCUGAGGACGUUUGGAGAGACAUCUUAGUCACAUCAGCUAGACACUUCAUCUGUCAUUGUUUAAAGAGGACCUGUUAUUCUUAUUUCCAGCUCUAUAUUUUUAUUUUCUUACUCCACUAGAGUAGCUUUGCAUGAUUCA